AUGGUCAAGAAGCGGGCGAACAACGGUCGUAACAAGAAUGGCCGCGGCCACGUCAAGCCCGUGCGCUGCUCCAACUGCGCUCGCUGCACCCCCAAGGACAAGGCCAUCAAGCGCUUCACCAUCCGCAACAUGGUCGAGUCUGCUGCCAUCCGUGAUAUCUCCGACGCCUCCGUCUUCGCUGAGUACACCGUCCCCAAGAUGUACCUGAAGCUCCAGUACUGCGUCUCCUGCGCUAUCCACGGCAAGAUCGUUCGUGUCCGUUCCCGCGAAGGCCGCCGCAACCGUGCUCCUCCCCCACGGAUUCGCUACAACAAGGACGGCAAGAAGCUGAACCCCCCUCAGGCCGCCAAGGCUAUGUAA